AUGUCAGAUAGUGAACAUGACGAAUCAAGCUUAUCCCCAGAGUUGGCCAAAUCCUUACGUAAACUGUGUCGGUCAAAGUUUACGAAGCUUUGCACGGCAAUCGAAGCAGGAAUUGCAGCCUCAAAAAACAUCGCAGUGCUGGAGGAACAGAAAGCAACGUUAACCGAACUAUAUGAAGAAUGCAUGCGGCUACACAGCAAAUAUUCUGCAGCAAUAAUUGCUGGACCAGACGGCCCAGACAAGGAGAGAGCAGAAAACUGGGCCACGGCCCUUCAUGACAGUUAUAAAAAAAUCUUUGGAGAAAUUGAUUCCUACGUGAAAAUGAAGAUUGCUGAAACUACGCUGGCCGCUCAACAACUGUUGGAGAUACAAGCUGCUAACACCACACAGCAAUUGCUAAACGCUCAGAAAGCGCUCUCUGAGGCUCAAACGGCCACAGCUGCUCAAAAACAAAAAGAAGCGCUUAAGCGACGAUACGAGAUGGAAGAUGAAGAAAUAGCGAAGAAAAGAUUGGCUGAAGACGAAGCAAGAGCUGCUGAAAGAGAUAGAUUGAAUCAAAAGCCCCGCGAAAAAGAUACGCCCCGUACUUCAACGCCAAAUAAAGAUUUGGGUAAAAAGACCACUGACCAGCCAGACCUGUCAUUCAUCGAAAACGAAAUUUCAACUUGUAGAAAGUACAACAACACAGGACGUCAAGACGCGUCAGCAAUUCCAAAUGCAGUUGAUGCAUGGAUCUUCCUGCCGUUCCAACCUGUAACACCACUAUCUGGAGGAGCCGACGCUAUGGUUACGAUGGCCAUGUUGGCCAAGAUGAAACCGUUUGGAGGAGAACCACGAGACUGGCCAGUCUUCAUACAAACGGUGAAAAGCAUGGUUCACGACGUUUUCCCAGCAGACAUACAACGAUUGACGAUGCUGUCAACGAUGCUUUCUCCACACCUUAAAGAAGGAAUGAGUCAAAUCUUUGUAACACCUCAAGCGUACCGUGCAGCGCUAAUAGAACUGCAUAGAAAGUAUGGCCACCCCCACUUAGUGGUACGCUCCUACAUCCAACAUCUUAUGGCAAUCCAACUAUGCCGAGGUGGGAAGGAGCUAGAAACCUUCUCGUCGCAGCUGCAUGGAGCAGUCGCCACUCUGGACGCUGCCGGUUACGGACAUGAACUGGAAUCCAGCGUCGCACUCGAAGGCUUAGUAACAAAACUACCAGAUAGUUUGCUGUCAAGAUGGGGAAGACAAGUUACACGAUUAUUCCCAAGAAUUCCGACAUUGCGAGACUUGGAUGCGUGGCUUGAGUUGGAGCUCAUGGGAAUGAAGAACGUCCAGAGCGCAAGGCCUACUGCCCCGGAAGCGCCAGCUAUAAACACUCCAUCCCAAUAUUCAAACAGAUAUCAACAAGAAAGGGUGACGUAUGGGAAUCGGCAAGGGAACCAGACAUCCCACCGUGCGAAUACCCAGCAGAAUCAUGCGGCCCUUUUGCCAACGGUUAACGCAAUUAACGCGGAUCAAUCUUACACAAGCAAAUGUAAAGUGUGCAACGAAGAACCGGGCCAUGCAUUGGAUCGAUGUACACGAUUUAUAGAAAUGACAGUCGACCAACGAGCCCAAAUAGUGUGGGACCUAGAGAAUUGCUUCCGGUGCCUGGGUCGCAACCACCUAUGCCGGGAUUGUAAAAAGGAAAAUUUGCGCUGUACGGUGCCAAAUUGCAACAGUUCCGCACAUCACACCAUGAUCCAUGACGCAGCUCGCAUUUCAACGCAAAGCAACCGGACGAACAUGGGAGGACGUAGUAGACGUCCACAAAAACAAUGA